CGACAAUCGAUAUUCGCGUCUCUUAAAUUUGACUCGCUACUGGAGUUAUAUUUCUGUAAAAACUUUGGCAUUUAUGUGCUUUUCCACGACUAAAAGACUCCGCGAAACGCAUGACGACAUUAACUAUCGAUCAAGCGAGUCGCUACACCGACGUCACUUCGUGAUUCUCAGGGAUCCGCGCGUUUGAGAAUGUAAAAUAUUUCGUGGCGAGGACGUGGCGUAGACGAAUAUAGGAAAUUCCGCAAAUUUGCCAGCACGAUGUCCAUACACAAGAGAAGGAGUUCCCUGCGACAGUCCUUCAGUAGACAGUUGUCGUUGAAGCUCUUGCUGCCUGUCAAGGUCAAAAGGUUGAAAGGUCGUUAUCUGUUUCGCUCGGCGGUGCGUCGCGUUUUGGAAUACAUGGAAUGGAUAACGGAGGAGCCGGUGGUCGAGGAAACUACCGACGACGUGACCAUCAAUAUCAGGAUGACCGAGAAAAAGGAGAAGAAGGUCAAGAAGCUGAUGACGUUGAAGGAUCGGUCGAUACUGCUGGUGAAUCCUACCGAUAGGUCCUCCGAGGACAAAGCGUACAUAUACGAGCUCAUCAAGAAGCUGCGUGCGUUCACGAAGUAUCCGGAGGACGUGAGGAAGAAGCUGGCGGCGGUGUGCUUCUAUCAAUAUCUACCCGCCGAUCGGGUGAUCGUUCGUCGAGGUCACAAGGCGAAGAACCUCUACUACAUCGCAAACGGCGAAGUCAGCUUGACGAACGUCGCGAUCGACGAGUUGACGGGCGACGAGAAGGACGUGAACAUUGGGACCUUGCAAGUGGGUGACAUGUUCGGCGAGAUCGCUUUGUUGCACUCGAUACCGAGAACGUCCACGGUGGUCAGCGAAACGUCAGUCGAUCUACUUCUUGUGCCUCAAGAUGACUUCGACAGUACUCUGCGCUAUGUUCUGCUGAAGAAGUGGAACGCUCUUCGCGAUGCCUUGGUCCACUUCAAUUAUUUCAAGUGGUGGAACGAAGAAACGGCACGGGAGUGUUGCAUUCUGAGCAAGCUGAAGGACUUCAAGACCAGCGAGGUUCUGUUGGGCGACGGGAUGGGCAUGGUGAACUACGUGCAUUUCAUCCUGAGCGGCGAAUGCCGCCUCAUCGAGCACUUGCUCGUUCGCGAGUACUCCACCUAUCGAGGAACGCAGUACGAACUUUACGACCCAGACGCCUCCGACAAUGCGCUUCCGUCGUAUCAUCCGAGAAAGCGGCUCGUCCAAUCGCAAGGCGAUAACGACCAAUCGAGUAUCGUUACCACCACACUCGUCGAUGUCAUUAAAGCGUGGCACGAGAUCACCGACGUCGCGGCGAUGCUGAUGCAAGAACCGUCCGUCACGUCGCAAUUGCGUUAUCCGGAAAACAUUCGUACAAUAUUUAUGCAGGUGUGCAUCUUCUCCCGGGGCGCGUGCUUCGGUCUAGGUGAAAACAUGUUUCACCGGAGAAUCGUGACGAUCUCGCCGGUGCGAUGCUUGCUGAUCCCGCGGUAUUGGUUGCUCGAGCAGAAUCGCGCCAACAUCUGGGGGCGCGUGAAACUGUUCAUGGACUCGAAGUAUCCGACGAAGAGGCAAUUGUUCGACCAGUUCAUCCAAAAUCGAAAAUGGAUCGCGUACAAGCAGAAUUUAGUGGAGGAUGUCGCCAAACGACGCAAAUUUUACCGCAGCAACACGACGAUACACGACGUGCCGUAUUCCAUCCGGAUCACAGAAGAUAUCAACACUGAUAGAUCCGAUGAUCUAACUUCCUCUUCCUCGUUGACUUGUUAAACAGCGGAAGUAAACGCGGAAUAAAUCAAUGAAAACUUGCUGGUAUAAUUGUUUAUUCAUGAAGCAGUUUCACAUCGCAACAAUAUCAAUUACGCUGAUAUUUUCUGCAAUGGUACUCUGAGCAAAAAUAUUUAAAUUAUUUUUAUUUCUACAU